AUGGCAUUCAUAAUAUUUUAUUAUUUAAGUCAUAAUGUAUACUAUUUUAUUUAUUUUAUUUAUAUUAUGAGACAACCCCACUUGACUUUUAUAAAAUUAAGUAGUAAUUUUCUCAUAAUUUCUUGAUAAUUAUUUGAUUGUAAGGACUAAAGUGAGCUCUUAUUAUGAGUUAGAAGUAAUAGAAGAAGUUUAAGUCUUCAAGCUAAAAAAAACCCUAAGUCUUAUGAAGAGGGCCAGCCUAAUAUAUUUAUAACUUAAGAGAAGGCAUAAUCUUAGCCUAACCCAUUUGGAUUUAAAAAGGUUAUCAAGAGAUGAGAUCUAAGUUGUCCAUCUUAGAACACCUUAAGAUGAAAUUAAGAAGAAGAUUAAAAUGUCACCCUCAUAGAAGAAUCUAAGUUGUCUACCAAGAGAGUUGGUUAAUAACCAUAAUUAUCUAUUAGAAGGGCUUUUUAAUUCUCUUUUUAGCAGUGGUUAGCCGAAGAAAAAAAAAAGAGAAAUCAAAGCCUAGUCAACGACAUUCUUAUACUCAAAAUCAUCAUGGAAAAGAGACUACCUAAAGCCCAUCAAGAUCGUCAUAAAUUAGACACCACUCAACCUAAGACUAACACACAACGAAGUAUGUGUAAGAUCUAGAUCUAAGGUAUCUUUAUAAUCUUCUUCAUGAAUAAAUUAACUCUUAGUUCAAAUUAAUUUUAUUAUUUAUUUUAUCAUUUCAUUACAUUAUAUCUAUUUUAUCUUAUUUGUCACACUUUUCAUUUAUCUUGUCUUUACUUUUGUUAAACUAAUUAUGAAUUUCACAAUCUCAAAUAUAUACAUAUAUAUUACUCUCAUUACUCAUACUUCUUGAAAAUCGACCUUUACUUAUCCUAAACAUAUAAAUAUUAUUUGCAUGAAUUUAAUUACAUCACAACAACAUAUUUAACAUCUAAAUCGAGUUCAUCACCUCCCCUUCCCCCACCCUCUCUCUCUCUCUCUCCUUCUCCCCCACCCUCUCUCUCUCCCUCUCUCUCUCUCUCUCCCUCUCCCCCACCCUCUCUCUCUCUCUCCCUCUCCCCCACCCUCUCUCUCUCUCUCCCCAUUAGACUGAUGCCCAGAGGAGAUCAAGUCCUCUCACCCUCCCUCUCUCUCUCUCUCUCUCUCUCCAUUACACUGAUGCCCAAAGGAGAUCAAGUACUAAACUUACCUCCCGCAAGAAACUCUCUCUCACACAAGAAACUAUCAUAGGUGACUCCACCAGGCCCUCUACAAGUACUUAUGAGAUAUGGAUAGUUAUAGAGCGAGAGAGAGAGAGAGAGAGAGAGAGAGAGCGAGGAGCCUAGUAAAAGCCACUGCGAGGAAAGAACCCCAGAGCCUCUCAAUGGCCUAGCUCUGGGCUUAGCUAGCCAAUUGGCCGCAUCACAAAUUUAUAAAAUAAAGCCUCAUGAUUUCUUCCGAUUUCCGGGUAAUUUUCAUCUGAAAAAAAAACUAUAAGAAUCAUCCCAAUUCUCAGACCGAGGGACCCCAUCAACUUAAUUUAUGAGAACACCAUGGUGACAAAGAACAAAAGAAAAAAAAAAAAAAAACUUACACGGUACAGUAAAUGGGGUGCCAAAAACAGAUGGUAGGAGGGAGACCAAGAGAAUCAGUGGUCUGAGCCAUAUAUAA